AUGCGUGAGCUGAGCAUCGGCGUCUCCGACAUUGAAGUGAACAUCCACGCACUUUCCGACAUCAAACACCUAGUCCAAGACUAUGCUGAAGUGUUUGAAGAAAGCCUGAGUACAUUCAAGGGUGCUAAAGCUUCUCUACAUGUUCCCUCAUAUGCUCCGCCUCAGUUCUUCAAGCCACGUCCACUGUCGUAUGCCUUGACAUACGGAGUAACUCAAGAAAUCCAUAGACUAAGAAGAGAUUCCAUUCAUGUUCCAGUCAAGACAGCAAAGUUGGCUGCACAUAUUGUUCCUGUGACCAAAAGGAAGGGACGCAUCGAAACCUAUGGAGACUUCGGUGUCACCAUAAACCCAGUAGCAACAGUGGAGCAGUACCCCAUUCCAAGGGUCGAGGACCUACGGACUGUGCUUGCUGGAGGUGAGAAAUUUACAAAAUUGGAUUUGCGAGAUGCGUACCAGCAAGUUGUCCUUGACGAGGCCUCUAGGGAGUACGUCACUAUUCCGACGCAUAUGCGGUUAUUUCAGUACAACCGGUUGCCUUUUGGCGUCCCAUCUGCUCCUGCCAUAUUUCAGCGCGAGAUGGAGAACUUGUUCAGAGAACUGCCCCAUGUAGCAGUCUAUUUUGAAGACAUUCUUGUGACUGGCGCAAAUGAUGCUGAGCACCUUCGCAACCUUCGUGCUGUACUUAGCAAAAUUCGGGAAUCUGACCUCAAACUGAAACUUGAAAAAUGCCAUUUCUUCGUACCACAAGUUGAGUAUCUCGGGUACAUCAUCAACAAGGAAGGCCUUUCCCCGAAUGUUGACAAGGUAGCAGCCAUUCUGCAUGCUCCUGUGCCUCAGGAUGUUAGGGAACUUCAGAGUUUCUUGGGAAUUGUAAACUUCUACAGGCGCUUCUUACCCAAUCUUUCGUCACUCCUUCGUCCACUGCACUUGCUCCUUUGUGAAGGGAAAAAGUGGGAGUGGAGACAUGAACAACAAGAUGCAUUCAAUGCCUGCAAGCACUUGAUGACAUCAGCUCCAGUUCUUGUGCAUUUCAACCCUGCCAGGCCUGUUCACCUCAGCUGUGACGCAUCGCCUUAUGGUAUAGGUGCAGUUCUGGCGCACAAAGAUGCUGAUGGUGGGAAACAUCCCAUUGUUUUUGCCUUGAGGAGCUUGUCAAAAGCAGAACAAAACUACAGUCAACUCGACAAGGAGGCACUGGCUUUAGUGUUUGGUGUGGAUCGGUUCCACCAGUACUUAUGUGGCAUCUCAUUCGAAGCACACACUGACCACACGCCACUUCUUGGACUGCUGGGUGCCAACAAGCCCGUUCCCGUGCAAGCUUCACCUCGAGUGGUCAGGUGGGCUCUGAAGCUUCCUGCUUACAAGUAUGAACUUGUAUACAAGCCUGGCAAAGAACUCGGCCACACUGAUGGCCUUAGUAGACUGCCUCUCCCAACUGACAACACUGCAUUACCACGACCUGCUGAAAUCUUGUUGCUAGAGGAGGCAUAUCCGAGACUCCUUUCACCAGGUGUUAUGGCCCAAGCCACACGAAAUGACCUACUUCUGGGCCAUGUUGUUCUUGCUGUUCUGAAAGGAGAAAGCCUCCCAGUAGGACCAGAGUGGAACCCUUUCAAUACCAGAAGCUCAGAACUCAGUCUCCAUGAGGGUUGCCUACUCUGGGGAACAAGAGUAGUGAUCCCAAAGUCAUUGCAGGCCCAAGUUCUUGGUGUUCGUCAUGCCAGCCACCCGGGUAUCGAGAAGAGCAAGAUGAUUGCCAGGAGCCAUGUUUGGUGGCGAGGCAUUGACAAUGACAUUGCCAACAGCGUGAAGAGCUGCGCUACGUGCCAGACUCAACAUCGAUCUGCACAGCCGGUUCAGCAGACGCCGUGGCCUUUUCCACAGCGACCCUGGUCAAGGCUUCACAUUGAUUUUGGAAGACCAUUCCUAGGUCACACAUUCUUGGUUAUUGUGGAUGCACUCUCAAAGUGA